CAACUCUCUAGUUUUCAAAUUUGGCCUUCGUUCUACAGUGGUGUGCUUUGAAAAUGUUUAUUUGCGUUCACACAUAUUUUCCAAACUAGCUACUGCUUCUUCCUCCCCUCUACAAAACCCCCCACUCCAACUCCACCCCCAAGCUCCUCUCCAUUUUUGUGUCAAUUUCUUUCAGAUAUACCUCUCCCCCCGUUUCUCUCUUUUUCUGUAAUUGCGAUUUUCUCAGCUACCAAACAAAGAGCAACAUGAGAGCAAAGGCGCAAAGCCAAAACAGGUUCAUGCGGAUCAUCACAAUACCCAUAAGAGUUCUGAGCAAAGCAAGGGAUUUUUAUGUCCGAAGUUUGAGGGAUGCAGCGGAGAGAGUGAGUUGCGGCAACGCUAUGGGCUGCCCAGGAGUGCACAUCUCCACCUUGCCUAAGAGCUUCAGCGUUAGCUCUUCCAGGUCCAGUGAUGGUGAGGACGUUGGGAGCCUCAGUAGAUCUGUCUCCGCCAGUAGUUCCAGUAAUAGGGUUGAUAUGAAUGUGUUUCUGCAGCCACCCAGAAUGGGAUCGAGGGCCGCGCCUAGGAGCUGCAGUGUUGGGAUGGGUAGAAUUGAUGAAGACAGGCCUUGUGAUUUUGAGGAAGAUAGUUUCAAUGUCAAGGCUGAUUUUCUGUAUCCAAGAAGCCGAAGCUAUGCUGUGACAAAUAGAAGAGUUGGGUUCUGAUAUCUCUGUGUGGAUUCACAUAUUAGAAAUUCAGAAUAAUUCUAAUGGCAAAUGUUAAAAUACCUCACCUCCAUAUCCAUGGCUUCAAUUCUUUCAUUUUUGUUUGUUGUUUCAAAUCCAGAAUGGGUCUUGUGUAUAGAUUAGUACACGAAGUGUAAUAGUUGUCCAAGAACGGGCUGCUGAAUGGAGUUCUUACUUCUUAGUUCUUACUUCUUUGACUGAAUGUAUACAUGAAGUAGAAAAUACUUCUUCUUCGAA